AUGGCUCAACAACUUGGAGCCUCUUACUCUUCACAGAAUUUACGAGCAUCGGCUGCAUACCCUCCUCGCCGUCUGCCGCACUCAGCAAGCUCAGUGUCUCUCCUGCUUCCCCAGAGCGCGAGCUACCAUAGUUUUGGCCAUGGAAGCAGGGUACGGAGCAGUGGUACAUGGACCACCAGCAGCGGCGAACUCGGGCUCCUGAGCAAUGCGGACGAGGUAGAUGAUAGAGAUGUGUUUGUCCAGGAAUACAACAGACUGGCCAAGAAGCAUGGAGUGAGACAGUUGGUUAGCGAAGAUUUCGAUGCCCAUCAGCGCGGCGAUGUGGCGCGAGCUUCCGAAAAACGCAGUUGGCUAUCAAGAAUUCUUCGAUCAAGUCCUAGUCGAUACCCUCAGAAUUCUCCAACCUCGCCGCCGCCCCUGCGCCAAGUUCGGCACAAACGCAGUGUUUCCGAAUUUGCACACAUAAUACAUUGCAGAAGAGAUAACCCCAAAAUCAUCGACAUCCAGAAUAUGGUACGGCUGAGCGGAAAAAGUAUGCUCUAUCUUCCUCAAGAGUACUCGCCGUGCUCUCUAAUACUGCCUACCUGUAUUAGAGCAACGGCACAAUACCUAGCCCAGAACGUCGCAACUCGAGGAAUAUUCCGCGUUCCGGGAUCGUCCAAAGUGAUAAGUGCCCUGUUUGACUAUUACUGUUUUGAGAACGGAAAUCCCAAUAUAUCGAGCACUGUACGUUGUGCUACAUUACCUGUGCACAUACAGUAUUCCGUUCAUGACGUGGCAUCUACGUUCAAGCGAUUACUUUCUGUGCUUCCUGGGGGCAUCCUCGGAUCUCUAGCUCUGCUGGACGCCUUUAUUGCUAUUCACUCGCAGUUAAAUGGAGAACCAGAGUACCCACGGACGAAGCAAACCAAAGUUAGGGCGCGACUGAUUGCAUUGGCAAUUGGCACCAUCAAGUCGCAAUACCGGAGAGAGAUGAUUUGUGCCGUGUUUGGCUUGCUGAGUCUUAUUGGACGAGUUGCAGAAGUUACUCCCCGAGAAGAUGAAGAUAGUAGACCUCUUCCAACGGCAGACUUGAUGGGGUAUAGUGCACUAGGAAUUGUGUUUGGACCAUUGCUGGUCGGCGAUUUGCUCGACCAGUAUACGAUGAAGGUGGUCACACCAAGUUCCGGAAUGUUGGUGUUUCCACUGAGUCCACCGCGAUUUCGAAAGGACCGUCGCAGAUCGGCGCAGAUCGAUGUCAAGACGGCAGGGUCUCCUACUGUGGACAAGAUACUGGUUGCCAACAACAUGACGGAAAUGCUCAUUGCAAACUGGAGAGACGUAGUCCGCCAGAUGAAGUCUCUUGGGACACACUGUCGAAAGGAUACAUCUACUGUGGAGCUGGCUGGUGAGAUCGAACAGCUUUCACCCCAACAGGGUUUCAAUUUGAGAGACUCGUGGAAUUUAGAUGAAGGAAAGGAUAAAAUAACGGAGUUGACAGAGGGACGAGCGCGUAAAGAUCCCGAAACCCCCACAAGGGGAAACAGGAAACGGCGCUUGAAGGCAUUAAGACGAGCGACCUCCCAGAGGCUGAUACCAAAGAUGAGUAUUGCUACAUUAAGUCCCACGAAGGAAGAGAGUUUCGGAGAUGAUGGAUCGAGUGACGAUAACGAAACUGAUCAGAAACGGGAGACUGUCCUUGAACGACUACAUAAAGCUGAACAAAACAGACAGAUUGGCGAGGCUAAAGGGGUAGACAUUUCUGACAACAUCACACAAAAGGCGGUAGAAAACGAACUACCAAGCAGCACGCAAUGCACUAACGAGGAAGACAAUUUUGCUUCAAACGACCAGAUCUGUCCAGGGGUAGCACAAGUAUAUCUGGAAAGUGUUCCGCCGAGAGAAUCGUCGAAGAAUAUUUCUUCACAUGAUGGCACUGAUGGAUCUUUCUCGCGACCGGCAUCGCAGGCGGGUGUAAACUCACCUGGGCGAAUGAACGACCCCAGGCUGGACUCGAGUCUCUCAGACACAAACCCAACAAACCGCAAACACUCACUGGUUACCGGUGUUGAGGCUGAAAUAACGAAACCCGCUCAUGGAUGCAUGAGUCCGGUGUCAACAUUGUUAGUCGCUUCUCAAGUCAUGCCUAAAGGAGGAAUCAGGGUUGUUGAAGGAAGUCCUGCUCAGCCCGGGAACCAGAAUGACGGCUUGCAGCGAUCAAUGCAACCCGGUUUGCAUACGUCGCACACAUAUCAAGACCAAGGUAUUCAGUGUGACAUGUUUCCAGGAGAUGAACGCAGGCACUCCAUUGACGUCACCCCUGAACGGUUCUAUUCAUUCAAAGAGGCACCGGAAAUCGAGCUUGGGGAUCUUGUUGGCAGCGAACAACAACAUCGGCAUCAGCAGAAACAAGCAAUGGUAUUGCAUCAACCAAGGCUAUCAAGAUCAUAUGAGCACUUCAGAAGUCAAACAACAAUUACCUUGCAGUCACCAACUGACUCAACCGAGUCCAAAGGCCUAACGAAGCAUGGGUCCGUCAAGGCAAUGGCGGCAAUGUUUGAAACCCAGGCGGGAGGUCCCGGGUCACCAGGCUUCACAGACGAUCCGAUUGCGGCGCGGAACGAAAGGAAGAUGCGCUCUCGAGAUAGACAUUCAAAAUCGGAUUCGGCAUGGACACACCACAACUCUGAUUCCUUCCAUGAUCCCCCACAAGGGAAGUCGGGUGGAGCAAAACCAACGGGACCAGGAUUGGAGCUUCAUCAGAUUGGUAUGGGGAUGCCAAAUGACAGGGACCAGAGAUUGUCUUUGGACAGCGAUAAUGAAGGAAGCUUACAAGAGGCCACCGCCAACUAUAUCCCAUCCCUAUUGUUGGGGAAUGAAGUAAAUGAGGCAGCCUUGAAGGCGGUUCCGAGUUUGGGGACAAUGGUACCUUGUCGGGAGCAACCGCCUAUCGCACAUCACCUCAAUUUGGCUCGACCACUCUCUUCGCCAUCUCCAAUUCAGGUGUCAGAGCCCUACCACGUUCUCGACAUGGUUUCCACAACGCAAGCGUCUCGACCUCGAAGUGCUACUGUACUUUACUCUCAAAUUCGAAAUCUCCAGCGCCAGCUGAAUGCCAAGACUGAAGAAGCGGCGCAGUUGCGACGACAACUUGAGGCACAAAAGGACUCCGACGUGGGAACUGUCAGCGAACAACUAAGACAGGCAAAGAGAGAUGUUGCCACAUGGAAAAACAGGGCUGAAACGGCGGAGCGGAGGGUUCAAGUGUUGGACAAGUUUACGGAAAAGCUGAAGCAAAUCCGGGACGCCAUUGCGGACUCACGUUUUCACAAGUUGGAAGACGAGGGUGGCAACCACCACGAGAAGCCUGGUAGUGCCAGCCCUGGUCUUGAAAAAGCGAUAGAGACCUUGAAAAUGGUACAACAGCAAGAUGGCAAUGAGAGUCGUGAGAAGGAUGAUGGACCUUCAGGGGCUGCUGCUAAGAGGGAGAGAAGUUUGCAUGGGCUGUCAGCAACACAAGACGGGACACUGGACUCAAGUAGUACUACAAGGGACGACGGCGGUCAAGAAGACGGACGUAACUGUUUGGCCACACGAAUGAGAAAAAGCUCAGAACAAAUCUGGGCUGUAGCGGAGGAACUUUUGCAGAUGCAAGAGGAUGGGUGCGUUUGA